AUGCCAGGAAAGAAUCAAACCAUCAUUUCUGAGUUCAUCCUCCUGGGUCUGCCCAUUGAUCCAGAGCAGCAAAAUUUGUUCUAUGCUCUGUUCCUGGCUAUGUAUCUUACCACAGUCCUGGGGAACCUCACCAUCAUCAUGCUUAUUCGCCUGGACUCCCACCUCCACACACCCAUGUAUUUGUUUCUCAGCAACUUGUCCUUCUCUGACCUCUGUUUCUCCUCUGUCACAGUGCCCAAAUUGCUGCAGAACAUGCAGAGCCAAGUCCCAUCUAUCCCCUAUGCUGGCUGCCUGACCCAGAUGUACUUCUUCCUGUUUUUUGGUGGCCUGGAGAACUUUCUCCUUGUUGUCAUGGCUUAUGAUCGCUUUGUAGCCAUCUGUUUCCCUUUGCAUUAUACCACCAUCAUGAACCCCCAGCGCUGUCUCUCCCUGGUGGCACUGUCCUGGGUGCUGAGCACAUUUCAAGCAAUGCUGCACACCCUGCUCAUGGCCAGGUUGUGUUUUUGUGCAGACAAUGUGAUCCUCCAUUUUUUCUGUGAUAUGUCUGCUCUGCUGAAGCUGGCGUGCUCUGACACUCAAGUUAAUGAGUUGGUGAUAUUUGUUAUGGGAGGACUCAUUCUUGUCAUCCCUUUCUUACUCAUCAUCGUGUCCUAUGUACGAAUUGUCUCCUCCAUCCUCAAGGUCCCUUCUAUCAGGGGCAUCUGCAAGGCUUUCUCCACCUGUGGUUCCCACCUCUCUGUGGUGUCACUGUUCUAUGGAACAAUCAUUGGUCUCUACUUAUGCCCAUCAUCGGAUAAUUCUACUAUAAAGGAGACUGUCAUGGCUGUAAUGUACACUGUGGUGACUCCCAUGCUGAACCCCUUCAUCUACAGCCUGAGGAACAGACACAUGAAGGGUGCCCUGGAGAGAGUCUUUUGUAAAAGAAAACCCCUUUCCUUUCUGUGA